AAGAUACUGCCAGAGGUCUUAGAAAGACAGUGUGGAUAUAACCUCUUCAUACUUGGGAGAGAUGAUUUACCAGGAGAAGCUGUGAUCAACGUUGCUGAUGAAAAAAUCCGUCAAAGUAGAAGAGUGAUAAUUGUUUUAGUACCAGAGCCCUCCUGUUACAGCAUACUGGAAGAUGAGUCUGAGAAGCAGCUAGCCAUGCAUAGUGCUCUUAUUCAAGACAGCAUUAAAGUAAUUCUCAUUGAACUUGAAAAAAUACAAGAUUAUGCAACCAUGCCGGAAUCCAUCAGAUACGUUAAGCAGAAGCACGGGGCUAUCCGAUGGAAAGGGAAUGUCUCAGAAAGGUCCCACUCAGCAAGUACCAGAUUCUGGAAGAAAGUGCGCUACCAGAUGCCAUCCAGAAAAAGUGGCUCUUUAUUAGGAUUGCAUUUGUUACCA